ACAAGUGCGAGCUGGGCUGUUACCCACAGCUUACACAAACACGCAACUCUUCCUCUCACAACUCGUGUCGACCAAUUCCGCCUUUCCCCCAGUCUUCCACAUAGCAUCGACAAAAGUAGGCUUUGGAAAGUAGCAUUCGACACGAGGACGAUAACACGACGACCACAAGACAUUGGAUUCCAAGUCGCAGCAGGACCGGGACUUCCGUCUUGUCUUGUCCCCGCAUUCCGAAUCCCAUCGAAUCGUUUUACCGAGACGCCCAAUCGCAAUCCCCAGCCGCCCAUAAUCGCCCAACAUGGUGCAGGCGUCCAUGAUCUCGGUGCCUCUCAAGGCCACCAACGAGAUCGACUGGGUUGCUCCCCUCAAGAACUACAUCCAGAACACCUACGGCGAUGACCCGGAGCGCUAUGCCGAAGAAUGCGCGACCCUCAACAGGUUGCGCCAGGAUAUGCGAGGCGCCGGGAAGGACAGCACGUCCGGAAGGGACCUGCUCUAUCGCUACUACGGCCAGCUCGAGCUUUUGGAUUUGAGAUUUCCGGUGGACGAGAAGAACAUCAAGAUAUCCUUUACAUGGUUCGACGCUUUCACCCACAAGCCCACAGCGCAACACUCGCUGGCUUUUGAAAAGGCCUCCAUCAUCUUCAACAUUUCCGCCGUUCUAUCCUGCCAUGCGGCACACCAAUUGCGAACCGAGGAGGCCGGACUCAAGACGGCAUACCACUCGUUCCAGGCCUCGGCCGGCAUGUUCACCUACAUCAACGAGAACUUCCUCCACGCGCCCUCUUCGGAUCUGAGCAGGGAAACGGUCAAGACACUGAUCAGUAUCAUGCUGGCCCAGGCGCAAGAGGUCUUCCUUGAGAAGCAGAUUGCUGAUCAGAAGAAGAAUGGUCUGCUCGCCAAGCUUUCUAGCCAGGCGGCCGCUCUCUACGCCCAGGCUGUUGAGGGCGUUCAGGAAAACGUCACCAAAGCCAUUUUCGAGAAAGUUUGGCUGUCUAUGGUCCAGAUCAAGCUUAACUUCAUGAACUCGCUAGCCCAGUACUACCAAGCCCUCGCUGACGAGGACGCAAACUCUUAUGGUGUGGCCAUUGCGCGUCUUGAGAUUGCUCAAAGCCUUGCCAAGGAAGCGAACAAAAUGGCAAACAGUUUCCCCAGCUCAGUGCCCCCGAACUCGAAUUUAACCUCCGAUUGCGGGCACAUUCUAGCAGAUGCUACCAAGAGACACCUCGCAACUGUCAAGGAAAAGUUAGAGGAACUCAACCAGGAAAACGACAUGAUCUACCAUCAGCCCGUACCUGCGGAGGCCAGCGUUACACCGGUCCCAAAGCUGCCGGCUGCGAAACCGAUACCCGUCAGCGAGCUAUACGCCGGCCAGGAUAUUCAACGGAUUACUGGCCCCGAUCUGUUCGCAAAGAUUGUGCCUCUCGCGGUCACCGAAUCUGCUAGCUUGUACGAUGAAGAGAAGGCUAAGCUGGUGAGAGCAGAGACGGAAAGGGUAGAGACCGCAAACAGCGAGAUGGCGGCUAGUCUGGACUAUCUCAGGCUUCCAGGCGCCCUUCAGGUUUUGAAGGGAGGAUUCGACCAGGAUAUCCUUCCAGACGAAGACUUUAGGACAUGGUGCGUGGAUGUCGCGGAUCACGAAAAUCCCCACAAAAUCUUCGAAUAUCUUCAUACCGAGAAGCAGGCCAUUUCCACGAUACUGGAUAAGAGCAGCAGACAGUUGGACAUGGAGGAAAGCGUGUGUGAAAAGAUGCGUUCCAAGUACGACGCGGAAUGGACACAGCAGCCAAGUUCGCGGUUGACUACUACGCUCAGAACCGACAUCAGGAGGUAUAGGGAGGCUUUGGAAGUGGCAGCGAAGAGCGAUGGACAACUCGCGACAAAGCUCAGAGCCAACGAAAACGAGUUGGAUGAGAUGCGCCAGGCUGCGCAGCAUGGAGAGAUCGAUGAGUUGUUCCAGAGGGCAGUCAAGAAGUUGCGAAAGUCGAACCCGAAUAGCCCCGCUACCGUCGAGCCGAAUCUCCUGGAUGCCGAUUUUGAUGACGGUGGCCCGAGUGUGGUUGAACAGAUCCAAAAGGUGGAGGAUAUUCUGAAGAAGCUUAGCUUGGUGAAGAAGGAGCGUCUGCAGGUACUACAGGAUCUGAAGCAAAAGGCACACAGUGAUGAUAUUUCCCAAAUUCUUAUUCUCAACAAGAAGUCGAUCGCGAACUAUGAGCAGCAACUCUUCCAGCAGGAACUGGAGAAGUUCAGGCCUCAUCAGAACCGCCUUGUGCAAGCAUCACACAAGCAGGCUGCUCUUAUGAGGGAGCUUACAGUAACAUUCAACAAUCUCCUUCAGGACAAGCGAGUUCGUGCCGACCAAAGCCGAUACGAGUCGGUACAAAGAUCGCGCGCCUCCGUUAUCAACAAGUACAAACGUGCCUACCAAGAGUUCUUGGACCUUGAGGCGGGUCUGCAGAGUGCCAAGAACUGGUAUAAGGAUAUGCGACAAGAAGCCGAGAGCCUGGAAAAGAAUGUAGAGGCCUUUGUUAACAACCGUAGAGCGGAGGGCGCCCAGCUUCUCAACCAGAUCGAGCAGGACCGGGCUGCCAACAAGAGCUCCCACGCCGCGCUGGAACAAGAGCGGUUGAAGAACCUCAUGGAGCGCAUGUCCAUGGACCCAUCACCGACCUCCCCCAAGCCCUCAUCGGGAUCAGGAGGCCGACCUACACCCGCCCCCUUAUCCUUCGCUCCGGCAGCUGUCUCCAGCACCCCAUUGUCAGCCUACCAAAAAUCCAACUUUUCUACCCAGUAUCCCGCCUCGCCGCCGGCCACACAAAUCGCCCACAACCCCGGGGGCCAGCAACAGACCCCCUACCAACAAUACAACCCCAGCUCCCUCGGCCGCAUCCCCGGCCCCGCCUCCCCACCGCCCAACCAAACAAGCUUCAACAUCGGUCCCGGCCGCCACCCCGCCUCUCCGCCGCCGACGCAAACCUCAUUCGCCCAUUCUCGCCCUUACAGCCUGACGACGUACGGCAACCCCUCGGCAUUGAAUCCCCAGGGUGGGCAACCUGGCCAAACGCAGCAAUCGCAGCCAGGAGGCUACGUCCCUCCAGGCUUCGUUCCUCCCCCGCCGCCUCCAGGCCCCCCGCCGCUGGGACCGCAGCAGACGGUACACUACGGCGGAAACGAGUAUUAUGCGGGUGCCAUGGGUAAUCCGGGCAUUGGAAGGCCGGGGUCGGCGCAGCAGGGGCCGCAGGGGCCGCAGGGGCAGCAGGGGGGGUGGGGACAGCCGCCGCCGCAACAUCCGCAGUAUCAGCAGCAGGGAGGGGGAGGGGGUGAUCCUUGGGCUGGGUUGAGUGCUUGGAAGUGAGAGAGAGAAAUGGCUUGUGUAUAGGAAUUGGAUGAAUGGAUAGUGUAGGUACGCUUAAGAGCGGAAUGAAGAGUAUAAGAGCGUAUAGGGAGGGUUAUAGGGAUGGGGGAAGAAAGUAGCCGAGCUGAGCGGCAAGCAGUGGUCAUUGGUUAUUGGUUAUUAGCAGGAGGUUAGAAAGAAUUCAUUCACACAUCUUUUUUUCUUGUUUGUUAGUCGCAAGAGCGUAUCAAGGUGCUGAAAUGAAAUAAAUUGUGUUGAAGAUCAUUGUGUUGAAGAUCAUAAUUUUGAGAAGUUUGGGCGAC